AUGAGUAUUGGUAAAUUGGUGCAUUAUUCCGUUGAUUUGGUUCUUAUUUCCAUGUUAUUGGCUUCAGUAAGAAGAAACACAGGUUUAGUUCUCUUGUACCAAGGUUCAGACUUGAGAAAGUACAUUUCCAAAUAUUUGGCUUUUGGUGAACAAGCAUACGAUUAUUUCGUGUCCUUUAUCCGUCACUCUGGCUAUUUUGGAACACCUGGGAUCUUUGACAGAGAUCUCAGAGAUCUUGAUGGCCAAAAUUGA